CUUUGAUCCUUUACCAUCGAUUGCCAGAAAAACCUUCUACAGCUCGCUCUUGCUGUCUCUCUGUCUGUGUGUACGAAAAUCUGAAAAUCAGAGUAUAGCUUCAAUAGUUACAUACACGUUCCUGUAUUUAUAUGCGCAUCAUCUUUGUAUGUAUGUGUGCAUAUAAGGGUAUAAUUGCUGAGGAAUAUCUGUAAAUGAGGGGUCACGACUGGAUAAAUUCGACUCUACCCGAUGAGCUGAUCGUUGAGAUCCUCUGUCGGCUCGAUUCGAAAUCGAGCCGCGACGCCUGCUCGCUCGUCUGCAAGAGAUGGCUCCGCCUCGAGCGGCUCAGCCGUGAAUCCUUGAGGAUUGGCGCUUCCGGCAGCCCCAACGCCCUCGUCAAGCUCCUCGCUCGCCGAUUUCCCAAUGUCCGUAACGUAUUCAUCGAUGAACGGUUGUCCGUUCCUCUCCCCGUCCAGUUUAGAGGACGACUUACUGAAUAUGCUCUUGAAUCUGAGUUUUACUCUGAGAAUGGAGAAACAGGGUCUGAAGACAAUGGGACACAGUCGUUCUGUCUGUCAGAUGCUGGAUUGACUGCUGUUGGUGAGGGCUUCAGUAAGAUUGAAACAUUGAGCUUAAUAUGGUGCUCCAAUAUAACAAAUGUGGGAUUGCGGUCUAUCACUGAACAUUGUAAAUCAUUGAAGGCUUUGGAUUUACAGGGUUGCUAUAUUGGAGAUCAAGGUAUAGCAGCUGUUGGGGAGUUCUGCAAGCAACUUGAAGAUUUGAAUUUGCGGUUCUGUGAAGGCCUAACUGAUAGUGGCUUAGUUUCCUUGGUGGUUGGUUGUGCAAAGACACUAAAAUCACUUGGUGUUGCUGCUUGUGCAAAGAUAACCGACAAGUCCUUAGAAGCUGUUGGGUCACAUUGCACAUCUCUUGAGAUAUUAUCAUUAGACUCAGAGUUUAUCCGGGACAAAGGUGUACUUGCUGUUGCCCAAGGAUGCCCUCUUUUGAAAACACUGAAGCUACAAUGUGUUAAUGUUUCUGAUGAGGCCUUGCAAGGUGUUGGCAAUUCCUGUUUGUCAUUGGAGAUAUUGGCUUUAUACAGUUUCCAGAUAUUCACAGAUAAGAGUUUAUGUGCUAUCGGGAAAGGGUGUAAGAGGUUAAAGAGUCUCACACUGAAUGAUUGCAAUUUCUUAAGUGACAAAGGCUUAGAAGCAGUGGCAGUAGGUUGUUCUGGACUUACACAUCUUGAAGUUAACGGCUGUCACAAUAUAGGAACCUUUGGGCUUGAGUCCAUUGGAAGAUCUUGCACGCAGCUUUCUGAAUUGGCCUUGCUAUACUGUCAAAGGAUUGGUAACUAUGCAUUGUGUGAAAUUGGCAAAGGCUGCAAGUUUUUGCAAGCUCUGCAUCUGGUUGAUUGUGCAAGUAUUGGAGAUGAUGCAAUUUGUAGUAUAGCUAGUGGCUGCAAGAACCUGAAAAAGCUUCAUAUUCGCCGCUGUUAUGAGGUUGGGAAUAAAGGAAUAGUAGCUGUUGGCGAAAACUGUAAAUUCCUUGCAGAUCUAAGCCUUCGAUUCUGUGACAGGGUAGGUGAUGAAGCACUCAUUGCCAUUGGCCAGGGUUGCUCUCUUCAUCAUUUGAAUGUAAGUGGCUGCCACCAUAUAGGAGAUGCUGGAAUUAUUGCUAUUGCCAGAGGGUGUCCUCAGCUAAGUUACUUGGAUGUGAGUGUUCUCCAGAAUUUGGGGGAUAUGGCAAUGGCCGAGUUAGGUGAAGGUUGUCCACUGUUGAAGGAUGUAGUUCUAUCACAUUGCCGUCAAAUUACAGAUGUGGGUCUCAGCUAUCUUGUUAGUAAGUGCACGCUGCUGGAAACCUGCCACAUGGUUUAUUGCCCUGGCAUUACUACAGCGGGUGUGGCCACUGUAAUUACAAGCUGUGCUUACAUAAAGAAGGUUCUAGUAGAGAAGUGGAAAGUUAGCCCGAGGACCAAAAGGAGAGCAGGCUCGAUCAUCUCCUAUCUAUGUGUUGACCUUUAGAAGUUGCAUGUGGACAACAGUACUGUUAUCCAAAACACCUUGUUGGACAAAUGCACUGGCCGAGAUGAUUCUUUUUAUGGACGGACUGCUAGUAUGAGCUAGAUGUGGGUGAAACCCCAAGUUCCAGAUUUUGCAUUAUAUUUAUAUAUUAGCCUCAGGUUGUAAUAAGGUAUCCGGGAUGAUAUCUCUUUUACAGUGGUGUGGUAUGGUGUGAUGUUGGUGAAGAGUACUUAAUAGUUUUUCCACAAUGAAGCUUCUUUUGGGUUUGCUGGGAAGGGAGGAGGGCGUGUUAGUCAAACAUCUUUAUACAUAGUAUUGGUUUAUGUGCCCUUAAUAUAUCUUUUAUAUGAAGAACUACAGAAAUGUAAAAUUAUAUAAAUUAGCUCAAAAUAUUUGCAGAAUCACUUGGGUUUUUCUUUUAGUUUCUAGGUAGUGAAGCUUUUA